CUGGAUCUGGAUCUAUUCUGUCUGUUGUCUUGCAUUUUGCUUUUUGGGCUGUUCGAUCAAGUUCGUCCUUAAGUUUUCCGCAACUUUUAAUAAAAAAUUAAGGAUUAAAAUGGCUUUCGGAGACUAUCCAGCGGAAUACAACCCUAAAGUUCAUGGCCCUUAUGAUCCUGCAAGAUACUACGGAAAACCUGACACUCCUUUUGGACAAGUAAAGGUAGGAGAGCUCGGCCAGUGGUUUGGUCGUAGGAACAAGUCUCCUCAAUCAAUGAUCGCAGCUGUGAGCCGAGCUUGGUGGAGGUGGCAGCACAAGUACUACCAACCUAAGUAUGCUGGAAUUGCUGGUCCACUGCAGAUCGCUAUUGGGUGUAUGGCUACGUUCUACUACUUCAACUACAGGACCAUGAAGGCUCACCGUCAAAUGAAGUACCACUGAGAUGUCUCCAUCAUUAUUGUGAAUGUAGUGAAGAAAACUGUCUACUGAUAUUGUUGUAAAACGUCAAAUAACCUCAUUAAAAUUAUUGUUUAGUUUA